AUGACACAAUUACGUGUGUUUUCUUUGUCAAACUAUAGGAGUAUCACCAUGGUUCCCAUGUCUAUUGGAGAUUUGUCAUACCUGCAGUACUUAAAUAUUUCUCACACUGAUAUUGAAAGGUUACCUUCUGAAACAUGCAGACUUUACUAUCUACAAUUCUUGUUGUUGGGAUGCUGUAAAAGGUUCACUGAAUUGCCCGAGGACUUGGGAAAAUUGAUUAAAUUGCGCCAUCUUGAUGUUAGUGACAGUGCAUUGAAAGAGAUGCCUGUACAAAUAGCCACACUAAAAAAUCUCCAAACUUUUUCCAACAUUGUUGUCAGCUGGCAUAAUGAUGGAUUGAAGAAGAAAGACCAAAUAGAUGAGUUAGCUUUGGAAUGGGAUUAUGGUAGUAUGUUUCCUAAUUCAGAAAUUAAAAGAGUUGCACUUGAACUUUUACAACCUGCAACAAAUUUGAAAAGUCUCACUAUCAAAGGAUAUGGUGGAAUUAGCUUCCCAAAUUGGUUAGGUGAUUUUCCAUUUAGCAACAUGGUCUCUUCAUUUCAACCAUUCCUCUCCUUGGAGAUUCCACACUUUGAGGAUAUGCAAAAGUGGGAUGAAUGGAACUUACCUGGAGGUACGUCUACAAAGUUUCCUAAUCUCAAAACUUUGUCAUUAAGUAAAUGCCCGAAACUGAGAUUUGGAAAUAUACCUAGAAAAUUCCCUUCCUUAACUGAACUUGAGUUAAGAGAAUGUGCUCUACCAAUGCCAUCAUCAAAUCAUGAUUGUAAUGAGCUGGAGUCAAUUCCCCCAGGUGGAUUGGCCACUCCAAACCUUGUUUAUUUUGCAGUGUGGAAGUGUGAGAAGCUUCUUUCACUAACUGAAGCAACGCACACUCUAACCGAUCUUCAAGAAAUGGAAAUUGAUAAUCUACCAAAUAUUCAAUCUUUUGUCAUAGAUGAUUUACCUAAUGCUUUGCGGGAACUGACAGUUGGCUCUAUUGGUGGAGUUAUAUGGAAUACUGAGCAGACUUGGGAACAUCUCACUUGUCUUUCAGUGUUGCGAUUUAACGGUGAUGGUAUGGUGAAAACGUUGAUGGGGCCAUUGCUACCUGCAUCGCUUGUGACAUUAUACAUUUGUGGUCUUAAUGAUACAAGCAUUGAUGAGAAGUGGCUUCAACAUCCCACUUCUCUCCAAAACCUUGAGAUUAUUAAUGCUUCCAAACUCAAGUCAUUGCCAAUGAAAGGAUAUCCUUCCUCUCAUUCUCUACUAAGUGUGACUCGUUGUCCAUUAUUAAAAGCAAAUUUGCGGAAAAAAGGGGGGGGGAGAGUGACAUCAACGAAGGCCCUCAAAGGGGGAUGGGGUGAUCGGAACGAAGAUGGAAGCAGUGACAUAUCUCUCAGAUUCAGUAAAGGAGAUGAUUGCUGGAAUAACUAUGACAGGCAGCAAUUAUCUGUCAGAGUUGAUUUCUGCAACUGCUUUGAUGAUCCAUGCUCAUAA